AUGGAAGUAAGACUCAAAGGACCUGGCCCACAUCAGCAGCUCAAGCAGAGUGGGCAAACAGGAGUUCAGGUAUUCAUAAGGACAGGAUUGGUAUUGUUAGAACAAGAAUACAAGUUAAGAGAAACGUAUUGUGAUGACACAGCUGUGGGAAGACUGAGUUGUCCUCCAGUUGAGGAAAAGGUUUGUUGGAAUGAUAGGCCAAAGGCAGAGGCAGAAGAAUCUACAGCUGUUCAGAAAAAAGACAAACCCCUUCCAAGACUUAAUAUCCAUUCUGCCUUUUGGAUUUUGGCAUCCAUUGUUGUGACCUAUUAUGCUGAAUUUUUUAAAACUGUGAAAGAAAACAUACAAACAAGUGGGUGGCUUCUAGUUGGUAUUAGCCUUUUGAUCACAAGCUUAGCUAUUGUGUUUUACUGCAUAUUGUAUCUGGAAUGGUAUUGUGGAAUUGGAGAGUAUGAUGUCAGAUAUCCGGUACUGAUACCUCUUACAACUGCUACCAUUUUAGCAGGAAUUUGUUUCAAAAUUGCCUUAUGGCCUGUGUGGACACUUUUCACUCCUUUGAUAUUAUUUACCCACUUUAUGGGUGCUAUUAUGCUUGUCUCCCUCCUUGGCUUAUAG